AUGCGCCGCCCCCCGUCAGGCCGAUCACCGGUCCUCGACUCCGGCCUUGCCGGACCCCUCUCCGCUUCCUGCUCCUCCUCCUGGCCCUUCUCCCGGAGGCAGUGCCUCGACCUCCUGCAGUCACGCCCCUCCCUCUCCGCCCUCAAGCAAAUACACGCCCGGACCCUGCGUGCCGGCGUUCCCGUCUCGAGCGCCGACCUGGGCAAGCACCUGAUUCUCGCCAUCGCCACCCUCCCGUCCCCUCUCGUCGCCUAUGCCGAACGCGUCUUCUGUCUUAUCUGUCGGCCCUCCGUCUUCACCUACAACACCAUUAUUCGCCUUCACGCAGAGUCCGACAGCCCCGGUCCUGCCCUUCCGCUCCUCCCACGCAUGCUCGCAGCAGGCCUCUGGCCCGAUACACACACUUAUCCCUUUCUCCUCAAGGCCUGCGCCAAACUGCUCUACGGCCGGGACGGCAAGGUCAUCCACGGCCGAGCCGUCCACGACGGGCUCGCCGUGGGGUCGGUGUUCGUACAGAACUCGCUGCUCCACCUCUAUGCUGCCUGCGGCCUCUUCGAGAGCGCUCACCAGCUGUUUGAAGAAAUGCCAGUCCGGAACCUGGUGACAUGGAACACUAUUAUCAACGGCUUCGCCAUCAAUGGCCGCCCGAACGAGGCUCUGACGCUCUACAGAGACAUGAUGACGCCGAGACCGCCGAGCACCGAGGAGCAGCCGGCAGUUCAAGACCCUGUCGAGCCGGAUGGCUUCACCAUGGUCAGCCUGCUAUCCGCCUGCGCAGAGCUGGGAGCGCUAGUGCUCGGUAGGAGGGUCCACGUAUACCUCUGGAAAGUCGGGCUAGACAGGAAUUCCCACGUGGGGAACGCCCUCAUCGACCUCUACGCCAAGUGCGGGACCAUCGGUGACGCCAGGAAGGUGUUCGACGAGAUGGCGCACACGAGGACCGCGGUCUCGUGGACGUCCCUGAUCGUGGGUCUGGCGGUUAAUGGCUUUGGGAAAGAGGCCUUAGGGCUGUUUGGCGACAUGGGAAGGGCCGGCCUUUCCCCGACCGAGAUCACGUUCGUCGGCGUCCUGUACGCCUGCAGCCACUGUGGGCUGGUGGACGAUGGGUUCCGCUACUUUGACCGGAUGAGGAUGGAUUACGGCAUAGCGCCGAAGAUCGAGCAUUUCGGUUGCAUGGUCGAUCUGCUCGGGCGCGCUGGCCUGGUCGAUCGGGCUUACAGCUUCAUCCUGGGGAUGCCGAUGGAGCCCAACGCGGUUGUGUGGCGGACUCUGCUCGGGGCCUGCGCCAUGCACAAGCGUACAGACCUUGGGGAGGCGGCUUGGGCGCGUCUAGAGCAGCUGGACCCUGGCCACAGCGGUGACUUCGUACUGCUAUCGAACCUCUACGCCUCCGACAGGCGGUGGGAGGACGUGCACCGGAUCAGGAGGAGCAUGGUGAAGGGGGGAGUGAAGAAGACGCCUGGGCACACCAUGGUCGAGCUUGGAAACAAUGUGCACGAAUUCGUGAUGGGCGAUCGGUCACACCCAGAGAGCGACGCGAUAUACGGCUUUCUCGAGGAGAUUGCCGUGCGGCUGAGGCGUGAAGGAUACGCGGCGCGGACGACUGACGUUCUCGCGGAUAUAGAGGAAGAGGAGAAGGAGACUGCGUUGAGCUACCACAGCGAGCGGCUGGCAAUAGCCUACGCGCUGCUCAAGACCACCCCGGGAACGACCAUCAGGAUCGUGAAGAACCUGCGGGUUUGCGAAGACUGCCACCUGGCGACCAAGCUCAUGUCCAAGGUCUACGACCGGGAGAUAGUCGUCAGGGACAGGAGCCGCUUCCACCACUUCAAAGGAGGUUUCUGCUCUUGCAAGGAUUACUGGUGA